AUAAAGCUGAUGUUCGCAGGACCAACAGUACCGCUAUUCUCUAUCUUCUCACGCUCACGUUAUUGACGCUAUCUUGUGUAAUCAAGAACUUUGCUAGCAAAUCACAGAAUGCAUCUGCCGUUUUCCAUUGCAAUAAUCCCCAUCCUCAUGGCGUCCCUAGCGAGCGCUCGAGACGUCGAUGUUGCUAUCGUCGGCGCCGGCUUGUCAGGAUUAUCUGCAGCCAAGGACAUUGCAAAGGCAGGCAAGACCUUUGUUAUCUUUGAAGCGCGUUCUCGCGUGGGUGGCCGCGUACUCAAUGCGCACCUUGACAAUGGCGAGGUCCAGGAGCUUGGUGCCGAGUUCGUUGGACCAACCCAGGACCGUGUGCUCGCUCUUGCAGCGGAACUUGGCCUGACAACAUACCCAACAUACACGGCCGGCAAAGCAAUUCUAUACCGAAACAGCACUGUUAUUCCUUACGACGCGGAUCUUGGCACGGGUGGUCUGCCUCCCGUGAGCUCGGAAUCCCAGGAAGAGCUGGCGAGCCUCAUAACCGAACUUGACGCUUUGGCGAGCCAAUUAGAUGUCAAUUCUCCCUGGAAUCAUGCCAAUGCUUCAUUGUGGGAUAGCAUGACACUGAAAUCCUUCGUUGAAUCUCGCAUCAGUCUACAAGAUUCACAGUUACUUUUCGACACUGCCAUUCGAUCCAUCCUUUCCACGGAGACGGAGGAGCCGUCACUACUUUACAUGCUGUCGUAUAUAGCCGCUGCAGGGAACCAAACAAACAAUGGGACCAUUACCCGGCUUAUCGGUAGCAAGGGGGCUGCUCAGGAUAGUCGCGUUAAUGGCGGCACUCAACUGUUGGCGACGAGACUGGUGGAGAGACUUGGGGCAGCAAACAUAUUGCUGAAUUCGCCAGUAUUGGAUGUUAAGCUUAAGGAUGGCCGUUACAAUGUCAUAUCUGACAAGGUCAAGGUAUCGGCCAAACAUGUCGUCAUUGCCAUGUCCCCUCCGAUGGCAAGCCGAAUCUCCUAUGAUCCAUUACUCCCCGCGGGCCGGGAUCAGCUUACUCAGCGCAUGCCCAUGGGCUCCAUCGGGAAAGCCAUCGCGAUCUAUCCUGAACCUUGGUGGAGGAACCUAGGGUUCAACGGACAGGUGCAGAGUGAUACCGGUAUUAUACGAGCUACGUAUGAUAACACCCCAGCUAGUGAGCGUUUUGGUGCCAUCAUGGGUUUUAUUGAAGCCGAUGAGAUGCGCGCUCUUGACGGUGUCUCGGAGGCCAAAAUCAGAAGGCUCGUCACAAGGGAUCUGAUCAACUUUUUUGGACCCCAGGCGGCCAAUGUCAGCCAGAUACUGUUACAGCGAUGGGAUCUCGAGGAGUUUUCACGCGGUGGCCCUGUUGCUUAUUGCCCUCCCGGUGUUCUCUCGAAGUAUGGCCCUUUCUUACGGAACCCUGCCGGCAAAAUACACUUUGCUGGCACUGAGACUGCUCCUUACUGGACUGGGUAUAUGGAUGGGGCCAUCCGCUCUGGUGAGCGAGUUGCGGCAGAGAUUAUCGCGAGUGCUUGAUCACUUCACGGUUCUGCAAUCUUUUCCCCAGCGAUUCGGUCGGAAGACAUGCGAGACAUGCGAGUCCUACCGGUUCCAGGGCAGAAGGCAAGGUUUUAGGAAGGUAUCUCAAAUAUGACGUGUUUCGGGUGUGUGCUCAGUGUCUUAUUUGGCUUUGUACGUUGAGUCUCAAUAGGUUGUACAUGGAGUGGAUGGUGAACUAUAU